AUGGGGGAAUCUGAAUCAACAGCUACAAAUCCUUCAUCUUCGAACAAAUCCACAAAUUUCAUUAAUGUAUUUUUCAGAUUACUAGCAUAUGAUACAAUCACAUGGUUUUUCAAUUUAAUAAUUCAUACAUUUUUCAGAGAUGUUCAAACAAGAGGUAGUUUUAAUAUUCCACAAGAAGGUCCUAUAAUAUUUGUUAUUGCCCCACAUAAUAAUCAAUUUGUUGAUGGAUUAGUUGUUAUGACAAAAGUAAAAGAAAUUAGUAGUAGAAGAAUUUCAUUUUUAAUUGCUAAAAAAUCUUAUAAUAAAAGAAUUAUUGGUGAUGCUGCUAAAUUAUGUGGUGCUAUACCUGUUGAAAGAGCUCAAGAUUUAUUAAAACCAGCAAUUGGUGAAAUUAUGGUUGAUUCUAAUGAUGAUAAAAUUAUAAUUGGAAAAGAAACAAAUUUUACAAAACAAUGUCAAUCAAAGGGAUUAAUUGGAUUACCUGAUAAUUUAGGUAAUACUAAAGUAUCAGAAAUUAUUGAUGAUACAAAAUUAAUUUUAAAAAGACCUUUCACUUCAUCAAAUAAAGAAACUCAAGAUAAAAUAAAUACUGUAUUAAAAAAUGGUACCAAAUUUAAAACUGCAUCUCAAUUUGAUAAUCAUGUUGUUUUUCAAAAUGUAUUUAAUCAUUUAAAUCAAGGUGGAGUAUUAGGAAUAUUUCCUGAAGCAACAAGUCAUGAUCGUUUACAAUUUAUUCCAUUAAAAUCAGGAGUAGCAAUAUUUGCAUUAGGUGCUGUAUCUCAACAAAUUGAAAAAUUUCAAAAUGGAGAAAUUAAUCAAAUCACACCAGUUAGAGUUGUACCAAUUGGUUUAAGUUAUUUUCAUCCUCAUAAAUUUAGAUCAAGAGUUGUAAUGGAAUUUGGUAAACCAAUUAUAGUUGAUCAAAAUUUAGCCCAGGAAUAUAAUGAAAAUUCAAAAGAUUCAAUAAAUAAAUUAAUGAAACAUAUUGAAUUUAAAUUAAAAGAAGUUACAAUGAAUUGUAAUGAUUAUGAAACUUUAAUGGUUUUACAAGCUGCAAGAAGAUUAUAUACUUCUGGUAAUAGAAAAAAUAUUCCAUUACCAAUGGUUAUUGAAAUGAAUAGAAGAUUAAUAAAAGGUUAUGAACAAUAUAAAGAUCAACCUGAUGUAAAAGAAUUAAAAAAUUCAGUAUUAGAAUAUAAUAAACAGUUAAUGAGAUUGAAUUUACAUGAUCAUCAAGUAGAAUCAUUAAAUAGAUCAACAAGAAUUCAUAAUAUUUGGAUGUUUUCAAAAAGAUUUUUUACAUUUAUUUUAUUUAUGUCAUUAAGUUUACCAGGAAUUAUAUUAUUUGGUCCAAUUUUUAUAAUCGCCAAACGAAUUUCCAAAAUUAAAGCCAAAGAAGCAUUAGCUAAUUCAACAGUUAAAAUAAAAGCAAAAGAUGUUAUAAGUAGUUGGAAAAUUUUAGUUGCAAUGGUAUUAGCUCCAAUGUUAUAUAGUUUUUGGUCAAUUAUUGGUACAAUUAUUAUAAUAAAAUUUAAAAUAUUAGGAAAAUAUCAACCAUCAUAUAUUUUUAUAUUUUUAUAUUUUUAUUGUUGGGCUAUAUUAACAACUUAUGCAUCUUUAAGAAUUGGAGAAAUUGGAGUUGAUUAUUAUAAAUCUUUAACACCAUUAUUUUUAUCAAUUUUAAGUAUAAAUCAAGAUAAUUUUCAAAUUGAAAAAUUAAAAAAUACAAGAAAUGAAUUAAGAAUUAAAGUAAAUGAAUUUUGUGAUAAAUAUGGUCCUGGUAUAUUUAAAGAUUAUGAUGAAUUUUAUAAAAAAUAUAAUAAAAUUGAUGAUGAAGAUGGUGAUGAAGAAGAAUAUGAAAUAAUUUCAAACGAAACUGUGUCCAAUCAAAAUAAAUUGAAUAGACAAAUUAGUGGUUCAUCAGAUUCGGAUCCUGAAAAUGUAUCAAACAUUCCUAUUAUGGCUACUUCUGAUCUGGACCACGGUGAUGAACAUAGUCCAAUUAGAAGUAACGAACCAGAAGAAGCAGAAGAACAAGGAAAAUUUAAUAAAGAAACUUCUGAAGUUGUUACAAACAAUAAUAAUGAUGAUGAUGAUAGUGUUCAAGUAAGAUUAAGAAAAUCAAUGAAAGAUAAACAAUUCGAUGAAUAA